CAAACGGAUAAUUUAUCAAUCAAAAUUGGCCCGAAUCUAAUAUUGAUCAUUAUCAACAUUCAAAAAACAAAAAAUCUAAUCAUCCAAUCAAAUCGAAUCAUUUUUUAAACAUUCGAUUUCGUUUUUCCAUCCUUCAUCCAUAAUUUCGGUCAGCAUUACGAUAAAUAGGAAAAUAUGUUAAGAAACGUAUUACGUGGUUAUCGUUCGUCCAUCAUAUCACCAUCAUCAUCAUCAAUAUUAUCAUCAAAUUCAAUAUGGACAAAUCAUUCGGCAAAUAUUUUAAAAUGUCAACAAAAAUCGGAUGAAAAUCCAAUGAAAAAUGAUGAUAUAAAUCAACCACAUCAAAUACCUGAACGUGUUAAAUAUGUAAUCGAUGCAGAAAAUCCAUCAUUUUUUCAUAUGGUUGAAUAUUUUUAUCAUCGUGGUUGGCAAAUUGUUGAAGAUAAAUUAGUUGAUGAAUUAAAAGGUCGUAUGAGUAUUGAAGAGAAAAGAAAAAAAAUUCGUGGUUAUUUAAGUAUUAUUGGUCCAUGUCAUUCGGUAUUGGAAGUAUCAUUUCCAUUAAAACGUGAUAAUGGUGAAUAUACAAUGAUAAAAGGUUGGCGUGCACAACAUAGUCAUCAUCGUUUACCAACAAAAGGUGGUAUACGUUAUAGUACGGAUGUUUCAUUGGAUGAAGUAAAAGCAUUAUCUGCAUUGAUGACAUUUAAAUGUGCUGUUGUUGAUGUACCAUUUGGUGGUGCAAAAGCUGGCUUAAAAAUUAAUCCCAAAGAUUUUAGUGAAAAUGAAUUGGAAAAAAUGACUAGAAAUUUUGCAUUAAAUUUAGCCAAAAAAGGAUUUUUAGGACCGGGAAUUGAUGUUCCAGCACCGGAUAUGGGAACCGGUGAACGUGAAAUGAGCUGGAUUUCCGAUACAUAUGCUCAAACAAUUGGUCAUACUGAUUUAAAUUCACAUGCUUGUGUUACCGGUAAACCAAUUAAUCAAGGUGGUAUUCAUGGUCGUAUUUCGGCAACUGGUCGUGGUUUAUUUCAUGGAAUUGAUAAUUUUAUUAAUGAAGCAUCAUUUAUGUCGAUGAUUGAAUCGACACCAGGUUGGGCUGGUAAAACCUGUAUUAUACAAGGUUUUGGUAAUGUUGGCCUACAUGCAAUGCGUUAUCUACAUCGUGCUGGUGCUAAAUGUAUCGGUGUUAUUGAAUGGGAUGGUUCAAUUUAUAAUCCGGAUGGUAUCGAUCCAAAAGAUUUAGAAGAUUAUAAAUUAACAAAUGAAACAAUUGUUGGUUAUCCAAAAGCAAAACCUUAUCAAGGUGAAUCAUUAUUAUAUGAACCAUGCGAUAUUUUAGUACCAGCUGCAACCGAAAAAGUUAUUACCAAAGAAAAUGCUCAUAAAAUUCAAUGUAAAAUUAUUGCCGAAGCAGCUAAUGGUCCAACAACACCGGCUGCCGAUAAAAUAUUGAUUGAUCGAAAAAUUCUGAUCAUUCCGGAUUUAUAUAUAAAUGCCGGUGGUGUAACAGUUUCAUAUUUUGAAUGGUUAAAAAAUCUGAAUCACGUUAGUUAUGGCCGAUUAUUAUUCAAAUAUGAACGUGAAUCUAAUUAUCAUUUACUUGAUAGCGUUCAAGAAUCAUUGGAACGACGUUUCGGUAAAUCCGGUGGCCGUAUACCAAUAGUACCAAGUGAAGCAUUUCAAAAAAGAAUAUCCGGUGCAUCAGAAAAAGAUAUUGUAUUAUCCGGUUUAGAUUAUACAAUGGAACGUUCAGCUAGGCAAAUUAUGCGUAUUGUUCAAAAAUAUAAUCUAGGUUUAGAUCUGCGUACAGCUGCCUAUGUAAAUUCGAUUGAAAAAAUUUUCCUUACUUAUAAAGAAGCUGGAUUGACAUUCACUUAGGUGUGGAAUAAUGUGAAGUAAUAAAACCAAACCAACCAACCAACAACAAUAGCAA